UUUGCCUAUCUUACCACAACUUUAUUUUCCCGCCAAAUUUCGAGCAUUCUGAAGUUUUUGCCAACAAUUAGAAAUUUGCGAAAUGUCUGUGACGCCAGUAAAUGGGCAUGGGGCUUCGCCGAAAGAGGCUUCGUCGUCGGCAGUGAAGGAGGUGGGCAAGAAGGAUCAAGCGGAGCAGAUCAACCGGGAUGAGGAGCAGUAUCUGGACCUGCUGAGGCACAUCAUCGCGAAUGGAGAGCGGCGGACAGAUCGCACGGAGGUGGGCACUUUGUCCGUGUUCGGCAGCCAGAUGCGCUUCAAUAUGAGAGAUUGCUUCCCUUUGCUGACCACCAAGCGCGUCUUCUUCCGCGCGGUGGCCGAGGAGCUGCUCUGGUUCGUGGCGGGCAAGACGGAUGCCAAGCUGCUGCAGGCCAAGAACGUGCACAUCUGGGACGGGAACAGCACCAGGGAGUUCCUGGACAAGCUGGGGCACACGGAGCGUGCCGUUGGAGAUCUGGGCCCGGUGUACGGCUUCCAGUGGCGGCACUUUGGAGCGGAGUAUGGCACCUGCGAUGACGACUACACUGGAAAGGGCAUCGAUCAGUUGCGACAGGUGAUCGACACCAUCCGGAAUAAUCCCUCGGACAGGCGCAUCAUCAUGUCGGCAUGGAAUCCAUCGGACAUUCCGAAAAUGGCCCUGCCGCCGUGUCACUGCCUGGCGCAGUUCUAUGUCUCCCAGACGCGCGGCGAACUCUCCUGCCAGCUGUACCAAAGGAGCGCCGACAUGGGUCUGGGCGUGCCCUUCAACAUCGCCUCCUACGCCCUGCUCACCCACAUGAUCGCCCAUGUAACGGGUCUGAAGCCAGGCGACUUUGUGCACACCAUGGGCGACACGCACGUCUACCUGAAUCACGUGGAGCCGCUGAAGGAGCAGCUGGAGCGAACGCCGAGACCAUUCCCCAAGCUGUUGAUCAAGCGUCAAGUGCAGGACAUCGAAGACUUCCGCUUCGAGGACUUUGAGAUAGUCGACUAUAAUCCCUAUCCCAAGAUCAAGAUGGAAAUGGCCGUCUAAGCGGAUGUGAAAAACUGAUUUUUAUCAAAAGCAUUUAUUAAUUAUAUCCACCAAUCUCACCUGUAUUACUUGAAAGGUCGCAAAUUAUUAAUUAAGUUACAGUAGCUCAACGCUGGGAGCGAGUGAUCCCAAUGAAUACAAUUCUAUUACAUGUUAUAAGGGUCUACCAAGAUAAAAGAUUUUGAUGAUUUCUAAAAUAUGUGUGACCGCCCUACAUAUAUAAAAAUAAAGAUAUUCCACGGAAACAUUAUUUAAA